UGUGUUUAGAACGUUUGUAAGCAUAUAUGCGUGUGAGUUGUUUAUCAGGGUUAGGGUUUAUCAGGCUGAAGGUCAUUAGGAUGACGUUAUCGUGGUUUUCCUCCUCUUAAGAGUUUCUAUUCCAAUCUUCAUUUCCAUCUUUGGUCAUCCUGGCCGGCGCUACAGCUCCUCCCUCCUCGCCCGGCGCAGCCUAUAAGGAGGUCACGCGCUGCCCGGCUGCCAGUCGCCAACAUGGCCCCCAAGAAAGUGGAAGCAAAGAAGACCGCAGACGCAAAGAAGCCGGCGGAAUCGGCGAAGAAAGACGAGAGCUCGGCGCCCCCUCCAAAAGAGCCGGAACCUGAGUCCAAAGCUCCCGAGGUGGACCUGAAAAGUGUGGUGGUGGAAUUCGGCGCCGAGCAGAUAGAAGAGUUCCGCGACGCCUUCACGCUGUUUGACGAGACCCCGACAGGAGAGAUGAAGAUCACAUACGGUCAGUGCGGCGACGUGAUGCGCGCCCUGGGUCACAACCCCACCAACGAGGAGGUUCUGAAGCUGCUGGGCCGGCCCAAAGCAGAGGAGCUGCACUCCAAGCUGCUGAACUUUGACAGCUUCCUGCCCAUGCUGCAGCACGUGGCCCGCGCCAAGGACCACGGCCACUUUGAGGACUUCGUGGAGGGGCUCAGGGUCUUCGACAAGGAAGGAAACGGCACCGUCAUGGGGGCGGAGCUUCGCCAUGUCCUCGCCACGCUGGGGGAGAAGAUGACAGAGGACGAGGUGGACCGGCUGAUGGCGGGACAGGAGGACGCCAACGGCCACGUCAACUACACAGAGUUUGUCAAGCAUAUCCUGGCCGGAUGAACACAUGCACUGUCUGUACAUGUCUACACACAUCUAGAUGCUCUACAUCUAUGUUCAUAGAGGUGCACAGAGCGGAUCAAAGAAAUCCACAAUGAAAUAAAGAC